AUGAGCUUCGGAGAAUGUCUGUCAGCUGUGGUGAAUGCCGUCAACGACGCGGUUGGUGACAUGUGCGGCUUCGAUCUCAUCCCCACAAGUUGUUCCGGCGUUUGGGAUUGUAUUUCGGAUGGGGUGAGCAACGCUCUCUCAUUCUUCGAGUGUGGAUUCUCGAUACUCUUGGAUAUACUCAAGAACAUGGUCAUGGCAAAUCUUCGCUGUCUGCCGAACAUCGCCGACGGCAUCAGGGCUGCCCUAUUCCCUCCCGAAGCGAUAAUUGCUACUACAGUUUUCGAGGCUUUGUGGAAUUUCGGCGAGAGGGUCGUGAACGGGAUCUACUCAGAAGCUGCGGCUGUGAGCAUCGACUUCUGUUGGAAUUCAGCCCCCACCGCCGAAUUCACUGACUGUGGUGCCUUCGAUUUCGUCAGCAGUAUGACUAUUUGGGACGUGCUUGACGUUUUCGGCAUGGCCCAGCGUUUCGCGGAUACCGUGGCGAAGUUCACUAAUUGCCUCACGAAGACUACAAGCCUCCCAGGGCUUAGUUUCGGCAUCCCCACUCCCUUCCUGAAAGUUGAUUGGACAGGAGGCUCGUGGUGUGCGCCAAGCUUUGUCCAAACUGCGGCCAAAGGUGUCAUUGGCGUGUUCAGGUAUAUAGCUUCAGGACGGAUGCUCGAUGACCUCAUCGUUGUAGGUGACAACCUCCUUACCAAUCUUCAGACGAGGCUGGAAGCAGUGUUCUGUGACGAAGGCGACUUUACCAUCACAUUGGGCGUCGACCUCCAGUUCGGAUACGCAGUUCUUGGAAUCAAGGCUCAGGCUGGAUGCCUCAAUGGAAGAUUCGCCGCAAAGAUUGCAGGGUUUGCUACGGGCAGAAUUUCCAUCUUCGGUUCGCCGUACAAGUGGGAGCCAAGUAUCUCUGCGUUCUUCAGUAUCGGUUGUACAGCGGGGCCCUCCAGCACGGAGUGGUCGUACUGGGAGUCGUCUCUGAGCGGCAGCCUGGCGUUCAAAAUUUACUCGGGGUCGGUUUCUCUGCCCCUCUAUCCAAAGCCGAAGCUCGAGUUUGGCUAUUCGUUCUCGCUCACACUAUGGAAAAAAACAGCCACUCCCCCUCGCUUGUCGGAGGGGGAAUUCAGCAAGACAUCGCUGCUGCCGGCGCUGCGCCUCCUCCUCUUGGGCUACGUCCGACCCGAGCUUCGGCGAAAACGUCGAGAGCAAGUUCCCAGACCCCAAGCCGAUCCUCGAAGGGGCCCGCAACGGCUCGCUCGAGAGGUCCAGCAUGAACAGGAGUGCCGGUGA